AUGGAGCAGCCCGAGGACAUGGCGUCGCUGAGCGAGUUCGACUCCUUGGCGGGCAGCAUCCCGGCCACCAAGGUGGAGAUCACCGUGUCCUGCAGGAAUCUCUUGGACAAAGACAUGUUUUCCAAGUCCGACCCACUAUGUGUUAUGUAUACUCAAGGGAUGGAGAACAAGCAGUGGCGGGAGUUCGGACGCACUGAAGUCAUCGACAAUACACUCAACCCUGACUUUGUGCGCAAAUUCAUUGUGGAUUACUUCUUUGAGGAGAAGCAGAACCUCCGUUUUGAUCUUUAUGACGUUGACUCGAAGAGCCCGGAUUUAUCCAAACAUGAUUUCCUGGGCCAGGCCUUCUGCACCCUCGGAGAGAUCGUGGGGUCCCCUGGGAGCCGCCUGGAGAAGCCCCUCACGAUAGGAGCAUUCAGCCUGAAUUCCAGGACAGGCAAACCCAUGCCAGCUGUGUCCAAUGGAAGUGGUCUUUGGAUGGAAAGUUUGAGAACCACUGGUCUGGAAGCCUCCGGUGGGGUCCCAGGGAAGAAAUGUGGCACCAUCAUCCUGUCCGCUGAGGAGCUGAGCAACUGUAGGGAUGUAGCCACAAUGCAGUUCUGUGCCAACAAGCUGGACAAGAAAGAUUUCUUUGGGAAGUCCGACCCCUUCUUGGUGUUCUACAGAAGCAAUGAGGAUGGAACGUUCACCAUCUGCCACAAGACCGAGGUCAUGAAGAACACCUUAAACCCAGUUUGGCAAACCUUCUCCAUUCCUGUGAGAGCACUCUGCAACGGGGACUACGACCGGACCAUCAAGGUGGAGGUGUACGACUGGGAUCGGGAUGGCAGCCAUGACUUCAUUGGGGAGUUCACCACCAGCUACCGGGAGCUGGCCCGCGGACAGAGCCAGUUCAACAUCUACGAGGUGGUAAACCCGAAAAAGAAAAUGAAGAAGAAGAAAUACGUGAAUUCUGGCACGGUCACGCUGCUUUCCUUUGCUGUGGAGUCUGAGUGCACAUUUCUUGACUACAUCAAAGGAGGGACCCAGAUCAACUUCACGGUGGCCAUCGACUUCACGGCUUCCAAUGGGAACCCGUCGCAGUCCACGUCCCUGCACUACAUGAGCCCCUACCAGCUGAACGCCUACGCGCUGGCACUGACUGCAGUCGGGGAGAUCAUCCAGCACUACGACAGUGACAAGAUGUUCCCUGCCCUUGGCUUUGGGGCCAAGCUGCCACCCGACGGAAGGGUGUCCCAUGAGUUCCCGCUGAAUGGCAACCAGGAGAACCCUUCCUGCUGCGGCAUCGACGGCAUCCUGGAGGCCUACCACCACAGCCUGCGCACUGUGCAGCUCUACGGCCCCACCAACUUCGCCCCAGUGGUGACCCACGUGGCCAGGACUGCGGCCGCAGUGCAGGACGGCUCCCAGUACUCGGUGCUGCUCAUCAUCACGGACGGGGUCAUCUCGGACAUGGCACAGACCAAGGAGGCUAUUGUCAAUGCUGCCAAACUCCCCAUGUCCAUCAUUAUCAUCGGAGUGGGCCAGGCAGAGUUCGAUGCCAUGGUGGAGCUGGAUGGCGAUGAUGUGCGGAUCUCCUCACGGGGGAAGCUGGCAGAGCGGGACAUUGUCCAGUUCGUGCCCUUUAGGGACUACGUGGACCGCACCGGCAACCAUGUGCUAAGCAUGGCACGCCUGGCCCGUGAUGUGCUGGCCGAGAUCCCUGACCAGCUGGUGUCCUACAUGAAGGCCCAAGGCAUCCGCCCACGCCCCCCACCUGCAGCCCCGGAGUCCUCGCCUCCCCGGUCCCCAGCCCACACUCCCCCUGCCUCCCCCCUGCACACACACAUCUGA